AUGGGGAGAGUAAGGAAGAAGAAGAGGACUCACGUUCCAAAUAAUGAUGGGCCGGGAAAACCUGGGCAAGGAAACUGGCGGCCGAAAAGUAUGGUCAUACGCAUGGGCGCAGGCGACAUUGGCGCCAGCGUGACCCAGCUGGCCAAAGAUUUCCGAGCCAUGAUGGAACCGGAUACGGCGAGCAGGUUGAAAGAACGAAGGGCAAACAAACUAAAAGACUACACCGCCAUGGCGGGUCCCUUGGGAGUAACUCAUCUCUUCCUCUUCUCACGAUCGAAAUCUGGCAAUGUCCACCUUCGAGUCGCGGUUACACCUCGCGGACCAACACUCACGUUCAGAGUUGAUCGAUAUGCCCUUUGUAAAGAUAUCGCAAGAUCCCAAAAACGUCCGCGAGGAGGGGGGAAAGAAUACCUUCAAGCACCACUACUUGUGAUGAACAAUUUCACAUCACCGGCAACUUCGGAACCCAAUGCAGAUCCUAUCAAGAAACAACUCGAGUCCUUAACUACCACGAUAUUCCAAUCUAUAUUCCCCCCCAUAUCCCCACAGACCACCCCACUUAGCUCCAUCAAGAGGAUUUUCCUGCUAAACCGUGAGUCUCAGGCGGAAGGGACCUACAUAAUCAGCCUCCGACAUUACGCGAUCACCACCCGGCCGACAGGGGUGUCGAAACGAGUACGAAGGUUUGACCCCGGUGAGCAACGCAUGCGGGAGAAGAAGACGGGAGCCCUACCGAACCUAGGAAAACUCGAAGACAUGGCGGAUUACCUCCUCGACCCCGCAACAGGAGGGUAUACAUCGGCCAGCGAGACCGAAAUCGAUACGGACGCCGAGGUCGAGGUCCUGGAAACCGCCACACAGCGAGUUCUCAACAAGCGCGAGCAACAGAAGCAACAAAAUAGAGAUAAAGACAAGGAAAAGGAGAGAAACGACGGGCCGAAUGUAGAGAAGCGAGCGGUGAAGCUCAUCGAGCUUGGCCCACGUAUGCGGUUGCGCAUGGUGAAAGUUGAAGAGGGCAUCUGCGAGGGACGGGUAAUGUGGAACGAGUUCGUGACCAAGACGAAAGCCGAAGAGAUGGAGUUGGAUGAAAAAUGGGAACUCAGGCGGAAAGAGAAAGAGGCCCGGAAGAAAGAGCAGCGAGAGAACAUUGAGAGGAAAAUGUUGCUGAAGAAGAAUGCAAAGGCUCAUGCGGGACAAGGUGGUGAAGAUCAAGAAGGGGAAGAGGAGGAGGAGGAAGGAUGGGAUAGUGAUGAACUGGAGAAUUGGGAAGAUUUCGGUGAUGUGGCGGCGGAUAAUGAGGAGAAUGAAGAUUUGAAAGAAGCAGAGGACGAGGAUGAUGAGAUGGAAGGGUGA